CAUAGGGGAAAGAUUUGAGUAGUCUUCAAACUUCGAUUUUUAAUAACAAAUAUCUAUAGACUGUUCAACUUAUACGCUCAUUAUAUAACGCUUAUACAAACAUUUUAUGAAUGCUAUGUGUUAUACUUCCACAUUCUGAAAUUUCAUUAACGCUGAAAUGAGAUUUGAUUUUCAUAAUUAUAUUGGCAAAGUUUGAAGCAAAUCUCGGAAUAUAUAGAUCCAUAAAAUAUAUUUAUUUUAUGCUUAAGAUGGCUAUCUAUGCUGUACUAAUAUCUUAGUAAAUACAUGUUUUCAAUAAAUAUCUUGCAAUUUCUGCAAUCAUGCGUUAUACCUGCUACUGUGCUAACGAAAUUCGAAAAUGUUUUAUACGUAUAACAAUCGUAACACACACAAAUGUUUUCCGUGAUAAGCAUUCAUAAACAUUCACUCUUACUUUCUUUCGAACUUUACCAAUGUCAUCGUGAUAACGAAUGACCUAAUGUAAAUUGUCUACCUAGCACAAUUCUUUUUUGUAUAUUCCCUGCAAUUUCGAUAAAAACCUGGCAGGCAAGAGGAUUAAUAACUCACCCCUUAAAUCACUCGUACAGCUGUCGAAGUAGCUUCUCUUCAGUUUCGAUUGCGUUAAAAAAUACAGUAACGUUUAGUUACACAAGCGUGCUGUUAAGCUUGAAAAACACCAUUGAGAGAUCAGAACUCUUAUUUCCAACUACAUUUUGCUUCACGAACUCCGCUGCUCGAUGCGGAAUACAGAAGUUUCGCUACGAUGCACUAAGCUCUACAAUGUCAAAAUGUUCUUCUCUAUUAUCUAGCACGAUGACUAUUACGCAAUUUGAAUACUCGGCUCUACAAUGUCACAUAAUGUUUUUUCUAUAUUAACUACAUUCUUUGAUCUCUUUUGAUUUCUUGGAGACAACAUGUCAUGUCUGUGACUUCAUUCGCCGCUUCGUUAAUAAUUGAUAGUAUUCAUGUUUGAGAAAACCAUAAAGCUUCCGGAAACAGUUGCAACCACAGUCUUCUACCAUCUGUUCUACCAUCUUAUUUCGGUUUGUUUCUCUACAUUUUUUGUUGUAUGAAAAUAUAGGUUUGUUCAAACUCUCCUGAGUGCAUGAAUAAUAGAUCAAAGAAGAGAACGUAUGCACGUAAGUGGGCGUGACUGUCUUCGUGUACGCGUCACGAUAAAUCAUACGUCGAAUCGAAAUAAACGAAAGUAGUAGAGAGGAGUGUCAUUGAGAGGCAUACCUCACAGUAAAGUCUGUUUUCAAAAAAUGCGCGAGAAGGCAGCAAUCGAGGAAUACGCACGGAAUUUUCUAGUGCAGGAGACGGUGUUGAAAGUAGUUGGUAUUUGGCCCACGAGAAACGGAUCCUCCUUUGGUCGAUGGAUUUUCGCGAUGAUGACGCAAGUCAGUACUAUCUGCAGCCUGUCUCUGGAAGUUUAUCGUCACUGUCUCGACAUCGACGACACGAUGGAUGCGUUCGUCAUGGAUCUUUCUUCCAUCGUCAGCCUCGCGAAACUGUUCAUCAUGCGCCGGAAUUCGAAGCACGCUUACGUUCUUAUAAAUUCAGUUCUGAAGGACUGGUCGGCUGUUAAUGAUUCUCGCCAUGAAGAUAUUAUGACAAAAUACUAUAAAAAAGGACGGAUCGUUUCAUUGAUAAUACUGUAUCUCGGUUAUGCUUCUGGAUUGUCUUUCAUCGUCAAAGCAUUACCCUUUGGAGAGAGUCUGCCGUUCAAGAUGUUCCAAAACUCGGCGAAUUCAUCGGCAAAUCUAAAAGGUUCCUUGGAAAUGAAUUAUUUCCUGGCAAGCUAUUGUGUGUUUGGCUCACUACCAUUGCUCCAGCAGAUCUGCGUAUUGAUAUUGCAGGCAAUGCACAUUUUCGUCAACGCGGUUGCUCAUUGCGCCAACGAUGGAUUAUUCUUCAGCUUAACGAUGCAUCUGUGUGGCCAGUUCGAGGUUCUCAAGAUGAAUUUUACCAAGUUCGAGCUGCAGGAAUUUGGCUGCCACAAAAAGCUUCGAUUUCUCGUGAAACGACACUGUCAGCUCCUGAUGCUGGCCAAUGAUCUCGAGGAAACCUUCAAUAUGAUCAUUCUUGUACAGCUACUGAUGAGCGCAUUGUUGAUUUGCGUCGAAGGUUUUGUGUUCCUGGUCUGUCUGGCCACGAGAGACAACGUCGGUGCAUUGAAAAGCGUCGUUCUGAUGGUGACGUUACUCAUACAGCUGUACCUUUACGCCUAUGCAGGCGACGUUCUCGAGUCUCGAUCCAAUGAAAUAGCGCAUGGCGUCUACGAUUCGCCUUGGUAUCAACCUCGAGGACACGUAGCAAGGGAUUUGAUGAUGAUAAUCAAUCGCGGACACAGGUCGUACCACGUGACAGCUGGGAAAUUCCUCUCGAUGAACAUAUUCACAUUCAAAGAAAUUCUGAGGUCAUCAGCUUCCUAUUUGUCUGUUCUGAAAGUAAUGAUGGACACGUGAAAACCAUUUGAUCGCGAGUGCUAUGUAUUUCUUUCGCGACCCUCGAUACAUCCCUCGCGUACCAAAAGCAAUAUUACUGUUAUACGACGAGGAAGAGCAACGAAAUAUUCUCUUACGUAAGACUCAAACCUUCACAAACAUACCUAUGCACGAAGCAUGCUAUAAGCUAUUAAUCAUGAGUAUACAAUGGUUUGGAUCAGUGUAUGUGAAUAAAUAAGGAUUUUUCCAGAGUGCAAUUUUAAGACAAACUGAUUACGAGCGUCCCAUCGUUUGAGUUGAAAAUAAUCGAUUGCAAUUUACUCGUUUCAGUUCUUCUACUUUCCUUAGAAGAAAGGCUAUCUUCUUACUAUAAGAAAAUAGAUCUUCGUUCUUUCCGUUUCCUUACAUAUCGCUGGAACCCUAUUCUGAUAUUUAGCUGUGAAAGUUGAAUAGUCUUUGAUAAUACAGACCAAUUUUCAAUACGUAUGAUCUUUUUAAGAAUUUAUCAUAUAAGUUGGAUAUUAUCUAUAAAUACAGAUCAAUUUUUGAAACGGGUGGUACUGCUCGAUGGAAACCGCGGUGUUACCCGCACAGAAGCAUAACAAUAAAGUAUUCACCUACGAAGUAACUCCCCUCCCCCAUUACAAUUUUCUUGAAAAUGUACAGUUGAUGUAGAAGUGGUAACUUACUGAACGGUGCAUAAUAAAGCAAUUACAGUAGAAUAAAAGAUGAACCGAGAAAUAAAAACAUAAUUCGUAAACAUGUGGGAAGAAGGAAAGGGACGGUGUUCACGAUUGAGUGGAGUUAUUUGUCGAUCUUC